AAUCACUGGAGCAGAUUUCAAAUUUAGGCUGAGAUUGUUUGGUCAAGCCAUCAAUGGAGAUAUUGAUCGUGGAGAUGGUAGGCUGCCAGAUAUUGUUGUGGGAUCACAAGGUGCUGCGGUUGUCUUGAGGUCCAAGCCUGUCUUAAACGUCGAGGCUAAACUGUCAUUUUAUCCUGACAUGAUAAGCAUUGAGAAUAUUACCUGUCUGGGACAGGAGAAGGAUGACAUUUUACCGAUGGUUAAUGUAGCAGCUUGCUUUGUAAUGGAGGAAGCAACAAAGACCAAUGCAGGGCCAGGAAUAAAUAUCUCUCUGAUGCUCAUGGUGGAUCCAAACAGGCCAAUACAUCGAGGUUUCUUCCAGGACAAUAAAAAGAAAAGCAGGAACAUCACACAUACCUUAGAGCUGACUGACAAGAAAACAUGCUUCAACUAUUCUAUCUUCAUGCAUAGAUGUGUAAAAGACACAUUAUCUCCAGUCCAAAUGAAAUUAAACUUUUCCCAAAGUGACAGUGAGAAUGCAAUUGGAGUUUUGAACAUGGACAGCAAAAGGAAUGCUACAGUCGAUGUUCCUUUUGUAAAACAUUGUGACAAGGAAAUCUGCAUCCCUGACCUCAAAGUAGAUUUUAGAUUCACGUCUGACGAAGUCUUGGUGACAGAAAAUAAUGGCUUCAGUGUGUUGAUAACCUUGGAUAAUAUUGGUGAUGACUCAUACAACACCAGCCUGACAUUGCACUAUCCUCCAGGCCUCUCUUUCUCAAAGAUGGAGCCAACAGGGGUAAUUAGCAAUCCUGCCUACUGA